AUGGAUGAGAUCAGUACAAAACGCGCCUGCAUCCAGGUCAAGUCGCGAAAGCUGCUGGCAACCUGGAACCUUGGAAAAGCUACGUACUACUUCCGGCUCAAGACUGUGUUUUUGUGGGACUGCCGCCCUAGCAACCGCCGGCCAACCGCCUUCGAGUUCAAUCUCAUUGGCCCAACCUCGUCGCGGGUUGAGGUUGUUCACGAAGCACGAGCCAUGUGGGAGCUACGUGAGGGCGUUUGUGGCGGCUGCAUGUGGCGGUGCAGUUUUGUCAUGUGGCUCAGAUAUUGUCCCUCCGGCACAAAGUUGUUCAUCAUCCGAUGA